GACAGAUGUCAGAAGGAGUUCAGCCAUGGACAAGUUGAUUGUACUUUGUCUCGCCCUCGUGGCCAUAGGCUUAGCAGAUGCGCAUUUGCCUAUGGCUGGCCGUCGCCAUCAUCGCCAUCAUCGCCAUCAUCGCCAUGGCGGACCACCUCACGGCGGACCACUUCAUCCCGGACCUCCUCACGGUGGACCACUUCACGGUGGACCCCAUCUAGGUGGACCUCAUGAUCACCUGCAAUAUCACGGAAUGGUGCACAUGAACCAUUUCAUCAACCACAUGAUGAGGAUGAAUCCAGUGAUGGUUAACAGGGCUUUAAGCCGGGUGCAAUGCGCACUGACGCCAACCUCAUUUCCCAAAGACGGGUCCGAACAACAGAGGACCCUUUGGCCUUCUUUCUUUGCCAAUGUGCAGUCCAAGGAGGCGUGCGAAAUGUUGUGCUAUGCCGAGCCAUGGGGUUGUGGUGCCUACGUAGUUGCAGAAGUAAUGGGUGGCCCGACCCCAUGCAUUCUCUUCAAGAGGAGCAGAGCAAGCGAAAUGGGAGCAACCGCUGAGCUGCCAGAGGAGAUGAAGAGCAACGCCACCUAUCAUGAAAUGAGAUGCAAGGGAAAAUUCAUGAAUAACGAAAUGCUUUUCAAGCUCGGGAAACAAUUCCUAAUUCGCAGCAUGCCCUUGAUGCUGGCCCAUGUCGACCCACUCCUGAAAGGCAUCAAUGAGCGCUUGGGACUCGCCGAGCCCGAAAUGCCAGACAGCGCAACGAAUCCUUUCGCCAAGCCAAAGACUGGUACGCCAGAAAGCCACGGGUACCCACAACCAUCCCCAAGUCCUUCGCCAGAGACUUACGGCAGACAGGGAGGUUAUCACCGUCGUCAUCAUCGUAACUUUCAUCACCAACCAGCAAACGGAUUUGGACCAUCGCCUGCACCAGGUCGCAAGUCAGUCGAUGGCAAUGAUAGCGAAGCAAGUGUCGGCCAUCCCGAGCAUGCGAUGGAGGACGCACCCGUAAAAAUAGAAGGGUCCGACCCUAAUGAGCACCCAACGUUGAACAGAAAUUUAGAACCCCGUGAGUUUGUUGAACAGGACAGCAUCGACGCCCCAGAGAAGCCCAAGGUCGGACCUAAUGGAGAGGCAGAGGAAGGCCAGGGUGGGAAGCGAGAACAAGAAGUCGACCCAGAUAUAGCUGCAGAUAGGCGGCGCCGUCUUAGGAAGUCCCAUCACACGAUGGAACAUGACACGAUGGAACAUGACACAGACGCAUUUUAGACACACAAAUUUUGAGAUAUUGUAAGGUUGGGUUUUUUUUAACAAAAAUAUGUAUUAAUUACUUAUUUUUGUUAACAAAUAAACAUAAGAGAAUUCAA